AUGGAUAUAACUAAGUGUCCUGGAAGUUUACUGGAACCGUAUAAAUUAUUUUCAGCAGAUAGUGGAAUUAUUGCAUUUAAGAUAGAUUGUAGAAAUUACAAUGAAAAAGUUAUUAAAAUUAUCCUUAUGGCUAAAAAGUGUCCACACGAAAAUGUAAUUACAAUAUUAUUUGGUCAUGGUAUGCACUUGGUGACUCAAUCGGAAGACAUAAAUAAGACAUAUAGGUUACCCUUUGAAAUUUCACCAGGUCUAUCAGAGUUGGUUUUAACUUGGUUUAAUAACUGCCUGUGCUUGGGUAAAUUGAAUGAUAAAAAGCUAUAUAAACUUCAAACAAUACAAAAAAAGACAAUUAUUGGAUAUAUAAAAUUUCAUCUGCCUGCACCAGCCAAACUUAUCAUUGAGAAUCCUGAAAUUCCCUUAAAGUCACUCAGUAAUAAGCAUGUCGAGGGUGGUGCAUUGCAUUGGGUGAGUUACAAUGGGCUUCAAGACCAACCUCCACAGAAUGCAUUUAUAGGUGGCUUUGAAGAUGGAGAGUCAAUAUAUAUUGCCUGUGCAAAUCAUCACAGGUCACAAUGUCCUGGUAAAUAUGUGCCAUCUAAAGGUUGUGCUUUUGUGCCCUGGGGGCAUCUAGAACAUAGGAAAGAUGAGUUUCAGAUACUCUGUGGUUAUGAUGGAAUGUGGGUAAAAUGUAUUGAGGAUUAUAUUCCUGAAAAUGCAUUUGUAGCAGGGACUUCAGAAGUGAACAAUGAACAUCUUUAUAUCGGCAGAGCAAUGAUUAAUUCUGACCUUAUUGUUGGGAAAGUGCACAUGCUCUAUAAAACCUGCUACCUUCCCUACAAAGGUGCUGAAGUGGAAUGCUAUACUUAUGAAAUAUUAGUAAGAGGAAAUGUUAAAGAACUUGCUCACAGUAGUAAGUCAAAAUGUUCAAUGGAUCCUAUGAAAAGUCUACAACCAUGUAUA